GGCGAGCUUUAUGGAAAUUGGCAAAAUCCCAACCGUGAAAGCAACGAGCUCCCAUACCAUACCACCGAGCUUAUCAGCACGAAUUCACAGAGAGAAAGAACCAUGGCUCCGCUCAGUUCUACCAAACCCGACGACCCUCAGGUUCUGGUUGAAGAGAAGAAGUCUGCAAGAAUAUUGACAUUGAACAGGCCUAAGCAAUUGAAUGCCCUCUCAUUUCAAAUGAAUUCUCAGCUAUUGGAUCUUUUCAUUGCCUAUGAGGAGGAUUCUAAUGUGAAGUUGGUAAUACUCAAGGGAAAGGGAAGAGCAUUUUGUGCUGGAGGUGAUGUUUCAGCUGUUGUUCGGGAUAUUAGUGCAGGUAACUGGAGAUUAGGUGCAAAUUUUUUUUGGAAGGAGUUCACCUUAAAUUACAUUAUGGCAACAUAUCAUAAACCCCAGGUUUCAAUCCUAAAUGGAAUUGUCAUGGGAGGUGGGGCUGGGGUUUCCAUACAUGGUAGAUUCCGGGUUGCAACAGAGAAUUCGGUCUUUGCAAUGCCAGAAACAGCUUUGGGGCUCUUCCCCGAUGUAGGUGCCUCUUAUUACUUGUCAAGACUCCCUGGAUUCUUUGGAGAAUAUGUUGGUCUUACUGGCACUAGGUUGGAUGGUGCUGAAAUGCUUGCAUGUGGGCUUGCAACUCACUUUGUCCCCUCAGAGAAAUUGUCUUUGUUGGAAGAAGCACUGUGCAAAGUAGAUUCAAGUGAUCCUGCCAUAAUCUCCGCGGUUAUUGAUGAGUACUCACAGCAACCUUAUAUGAAAGAGCAAAGUGCAUAUCACAGAUUGAAUGUCAUUGAUAGGUGCUUCUCUCGAAGAACAGUUGAAGAAAUUAUAUCUUCUCUUGAAAAAGAGACCUUGAAUAAGAAGGAUGAUUGGAUCUCUGCAACACUCCAGUCACUGAAGGGAGCAUCUCCAACAAGCCUUAAAAUUUCUCUGAGAUCGAUUAGACAAGGAAGGCUCCAAGGUGUUGGUCAAUGCCUUGUUCGUGAGUAUAGAAUGGUUUGUCAUGUCGUGCAAGGAAAACUCAGCAGGGAUUUCUUUGAGGGCUGCAGAGCUAUACUGUGGGAUAAGGAUAAGAACCCAAAGUGGGAACCCUCUAAAUUGGAGUUUGUUAGUGACCGUAUGGUUGACUCAUACUUCUCUAAAGUGGAUGAUGAAGGCUGGGAAGAUCUAAAGUUCCCUGCAAGAUCUAAUUUGCAUGUAUGUGCCAUUGCAAAGCUUUAAUGCAUGAAGGCGAAAAAUGGGGAAAUUGAUGUACUUUUUGAAUCAUAAUAAAAUGGAUAUCAACCUAAUGUGUAGUUUGACAAUAAUAAUAAUCUCAUUAACUUUCUUUUUGGUCAACCCUUGUUCAUAAAGCCAAUUUUAGUUGAAAUGAUGGAAACGAUUUCAGUCCCUUACUGUAA